AUGGAAUACUUGGGUGAGGUAAUAGCUCUGGGUAUCGACAGCGUUAUCCUGGUGGUGUGUCUUCGCCAGUAUUUUCAUUGUCGGCUGGCAGUAAAUUCUGUCAAGAAUGUCCAGAUCUGCGAUGUCGGCGUUAACUUACAUGACAUUGUCAAGUCUUCAGAGACGGACAAAUUUAAUUACGUCGCGUCAAAUGAAGAACGUAUAGUACAAGACGUCUACAAUACAGUACCUUUUGCUCUCCAGAAUGGAUCCGCUAAAGUGGAAGUAACCGAUGCAUUGUCUGCGGAAAUUCUUGACAUGGAUGUAUUAUGUGAUGAAUUUAAACCAAAUGCCCCGACUGUUGCUGAUCUUAUCUGGGAGUUUUUUACUGGAUUCCGUCAACGAGGAAUGCAAUCAACUGAAGAAAUGUUGCGAGAAGGAGUUACGAUGACAGGAGUAGGAGAACUAACACUAGACAAAGCUGGAAAUUUAACAUUACAGCCUCCAAUAGAUGGUACUCCUUUUUAUUUAACAACAAUGAAUGUCGGAUCCUUAUUACGAAAAUUGGAUGAACGGCGAAGAGUUUACAAAUGCUUGUGUAUAAUUUUCGGGACCGUAGGCCUAGUAGUCGGAGGAAUGGUGGUUUGUAAGUACCGAAGAGCUCGCAAGGAAAAAAGAAUAUCCGAGGAGAAGCGACAGAAUUUGGAAGAGUCAAGAAAAAAGCGUCGCCAGAGAGUGAGAGACAUUGAAUUGCGCGAAGAUCAAAUUUGCGUGGUGUGCAAAGAGAACCCAAGAGAAGUUAUUUUGUUACCCUGUGGACAUGUUUGCUUGUGUGAAGAUUGCUCAGCAAGUAUCAACGAUUAUUGUCCUGGUUGUCGGGCGGUGAUUGAGCAAAAGAACGCUGCUUAUAUCAUUUGA